AUGACUUGCUCAGAUAAAGGCCAGAUCUACCAGAGUAUUGCCAAGCUCUUAUUUGCGAACCACAUUGGCAACCGCAUUGGAAUUCUCAGGGGCAAAUACAAGAAAAUCAAGGCAUCAUUUGGCAGCACUGGUGCUGGUGUAAUGCCAGCUGAAGGGACCCAAGCAAAUAACCUCUUAGAUGCAGCACUGUUGGAGCUGCCAUGGUACACAGACCUGGACUCCAUUUGGCAUUCCAAUCUGUCCAUGGCCGCAGUGACUCAUUCAUCAAAACUGGGCGUUGAUCAUGCCGAUGCAUUAUACUCACUUGUGCAACUGCGUGGUGGGGCUGGUCUCCCCACACACUUUGGCUUACUCAUCAAUGGUCACCUUGUGCUCUCCCAUAUCCCUUAUUACAACUUCGACUAUGACGACGAUGACUUGAAUCAAGAAAUCAGUGGAUGGUUUGACGCACCGCUUGAAGAAGGUGAUGAUAUGAUGGUUGACGAGACAACCAAUUGCCCUCCCCAUGUUGCAGGGAAGAAAUGGCAGCUCCCCCUCAUCACCAUCACCCCCUCCUGA